CCGCACCCCCUCUCCGCGCCCCGCGCCCCCCUCCGCUCCCGGCUCCGCUGACUCGAGUGGCCGAGGGCGCGGCGGGCCAUGGAGCAGCCCGAGGACAUGGCGUCGCUGAGCGAGUUCGACUCCCUGGCGGGCAGCAUCCCGGCCACCAAGGUGGAGAUCACCGUGUCCUGCAGGAACCUCUUGGACAAAGACAUGUUUUCCAAGUCUGACCCGCUAUGUGUCAUGUAUACUCAAGGCAUGGAGAACAAGCAGUGGCGAGAGUUUGGCCGCACUGAGGUCAUCGAUAACACCCUUAACCCGGACUUUGUGCGCAAGUUCAUCGUGGAUUACUUCUUCGAGGAGAAGCAGAACCUCCGUUUUGACCUGUACGACGUGGACUCCAAGAGCCCGGAUUUAUCCAAACACGACUUCCUGGGCCAGGCCUUCUGCACUCUCGGAGAGAUCGUGGGGUCCUCGGGGAGCCGUCUGGAGAAGCCCCUCACGAUAGGCGCCUUCAGCCUGAAUUCCAGGACUGGGAAACCCAUGCCAGCUGUGUCCAACGGAAGUGGUCUUUGGACGGAAAGUUUGGGACCCACUGGUCUGGAAGCUUCUGGCGGGGUCCCAGGGAAGAAGUGUGGCACCAUCAUCCUGUCUGCGGAGGAGCUGAGCAACUGUAGGGAUGUCGCCACCAUGCAGUUCUGCGCCAACAAGCUGGACAAGAAGGAUUUCUUCGGGAAGUCCGACCCCUUCUUGGUGUUCUACAGAAGCAAUGAGGAUGGAACCUUCACCAUCUGCCACAAGACCGAGGUCAUGAAGAACACGCUCAAUCCCGUGUGGCAGACCUUCUCCAUCCCUGUGCGCGCCCUCUGCAACGGGGACUAUGAUCGGACCAUCAAAGUGGAGGUGUACGACUGGGAUCGGGACGGCAGCCACGACUUCAUCGGGGAGUUCACCACCAGCUACCGGGAGCUGGCCCGCGGGCAGAGCCAGUUCAACAUCUAUGAGGUGGUAAAUCCCAAGAAGAAAAUGAAGAAAAAGAAAUAUGUGAAUUCUGGCACGGUCACGCUGCUGUCCUUCGCUGUGGAGUCCGAGUGUACGUUCCUGGACUACAUUAAAGGAGGGACCCAGAUCAACUUCACGGUGGCCAUCGACUUCACAGCCUCCAACGGGAACCCGUCGCAGUCCACCUCGCUGCACUACAUGAGCCCCUACCAGCUGAACGCCUACGCGCUGGCGCUGACGGCCGUUGGGGAGAUCAUCCAGCACUACGACAGUGACAAGAUGUUCCCGGCCCUGGGCUUCGGCGCCAAGCUGCCCCCCGACGGCAGAGUGUCCCACGAGUUCCCCCUGAACGGCAACCAGGAGAACCCCUCAUGCUGCGGCAUCGACGGCAUCCUGGAGGCCUACCACCGCAGCCUGCGCACUGUGCAGCUCUAUGGCCCCACCAACUUCGCGCCAGUGGUCACCCAUGUGGCCAGGAACGCGGCCACCGUGCAGGACGGCUCCCAGUACUCCGUGCUCCUGAUCAUCACCGACGGGGUCAUCUCGGACAUGGCGCAGACCAAGGAGGCCAUCGUGAACGCAGCCAAACUCCCCAUGUCCAUCAUCAUUGUCGGCGUGGGCCAGGCUGAGUUUGAUGCCAUGGUAGAGCUGGACGGUGACGAUGUGCGGGUCUCCUCCCGGGGGAAGCUGGCCGAGCGGGACAUUGUCCAGUUCGUGCCCUUCCGGGACUACGUGGACCGCACCGGCAACCACGUGCUGAGCAUGGCGCGCCUGGCCCGCGACGUGCUGGCCGAGAUCCCCGACCAGCUGGUGUCCUACAUGAAGGCGCAGGGCAUCCGCCCGCGGCCCCCGCCCGCGGCCCCCGCCUCCCCGCCGCAGUCCCCGGCCUCUCCGCAGCACGCCAGCGUCUGA